AUGUCACGACCUAAAGUAUUCUUCGAUAUUACAAUUGGUGGAAGUAAUGCAGGACGAAUUGUCAUGGAGCUUUUUGCUGAUAUUGUACCUAAAACAGCUGAAAAUUUUCGCUGUCUCUGUACCGGCGAAAGAGGUAUGGGACGAAGUGGUAAAAAAUUACACUAUAAAGGAUCGAAAUUUCAUCGUGUUAUACCUAAUUUUAUGCUACAGGGUGGUGAUUUUACACGUGGAAAUGGCACAGGAGGUGAAUCAAUUUAUGGUGAAAAAUUCCCUGACGAAAAUUUCCAGGAGAAGCAUACAGGUCCUGGUGUCUUAUCAAUGGCUAAUGCGGGACCAAAUACUAAUGGUUCUCAAUUUUUCAUCUGUACUGCAAAAACGGAGUGGUUGGAUGGAAAGCAUGUGGUAUUUGGUCGUGUUGUAGAAGGUAUGAAUGUCGUGAAGGCAGUCGAAAGUAAAGGAUCUCAAAGUGGACGAACAUCGGCAGAUAUAGUAAUUUCAGAUUGUGGACAAUUGUAA